AUGGCCGCCCGCACGCGCUCCACUGCGCUCCGCACGGCGGCGGCCGCCGCCCUGGCGCUCGCGCUCCUCGGCUGCAGCUCGGGCUUCGUGGCGGCGCCCCCACAGCGUGCCCCCCAGGCCGGGCAGCCCCCGGCGGUGGCCGUCGGCGCGGCGCUGCUCGCCGCCGCGCCCAUGCCGGCCUACGCCGGCGGCAUGUUCGACUUCGGCCUCACCCUCCCCUUCGUGGCCAUCACGUUUCUCACCAUGAUGGCCACCCUCAACGCUCUGUGGUAUGCACCUGUCGGUGACGAGAUGGAGGACAGGAACGCCAAGUUGCUGGAGACACUGUCACAGGCGACAGACAAGCUGACCAAGGCAGACGCGAUCCAGGUGGAGUACACCGAGAAGAUCCGCGAGGCGCGCGAGAAGGCCUCGGCGGCGGUCUCGGAUUACCGCAAAGAGAUCGAGAAGGGCAUCAAGGCGAAGCUCGCCGCCGCGACGUCCCAGAGGGCGGCCCAGGCCGCCGCGCUGCAGGCUAAGCUGGAGGCCGAGGUGAAGGCGAAGAUGGAUGCCGCCGAGCCAGAGAUCGAGAAGCGCAAGUCGACCUUCGUGAAGGAGACCUUGGCCUCUUGCUCGCUGGCGUGA